AUGAGUAUUAUCAUAGUGCUCAUGAUAAUUUGCUGGAACUCGGUUAACUGUUAUAACGUGAUCAACAGUUAUCCACAGUCACGAAAUAUUGAUGAUAAGUUGGUUUCUGUAAUAGCGUUGACGAGACAUGGAGACAGAUCACCUUCCAAAUCAUUUCCAAAAGAUACAUUUUUCAAUACGUCGUACUGGCCAAUGGGUUUUGAACAACUGACGAAUCAAGGAAAACUUCGUCACUACAAACUUGGUCAAUGGUUGAGAUCCCGCUAUGACUCAUUGAUCAGCACAGAAUACUCACCAAAUGAUAUCUACAUAUACUCCACAGAUACCGACCGUUCACUCAUGUCAGCGGCCGCAAACCUAGCAGGACUCUAUCCACCUGUAGCCAAUCAAAUUUGGAAUUCUGAUCUCAAAUGGCAACCAAUACCAAUCCACAGCAGCGCAAGAAAGGAAGACGAUAUAAUAACAGUCAAAAGAAAAUGCCCACGAUAUAAAAAACUUUAUGAUGAGGUCGUCGAUUCCACGUAUUACAAACGGCUCAAUGAACAGUAUUCCCAUUUAUUCGCAUAUAUUUCUGAGCAUAGUGGAUGGAAAGUGAAAGAUAUAGGUAAAAUCAAACGACUCCGUUCGAUGUUGUACUGUGAGGAGAAUUACAACAUCUCUUACAUACCAGAGUGGACUAAAUCGUUAGACAAGUUCACCUUAGACUUUUUAACUGGAGUUGCCUUUCAACGAUAUAGUAGAACAGUAGAGCUGAAAAGGUUGAGAACUGGCCCAUUUUUCUAUUAUAUCUUCUCCCACUUCGAUAGAGUUAUAAAUUCAACUGAAGGAGCUCCGAAAUUUCUGUUCAUUUCUGGUCAUGACACUUCCUUGGCUUCAGCAUUAGAUGCCAUGGGUGUUUACGAUUUAUAUCCACCUAAUUUUGGAGCAACAUUAUUAUGGGAACUCAGGAGGAAUGAGGAAGGAGCCCAUUUCGUGCAUCUAUUUUAUCGAAAAGAUGAAAAUAUUUUGAUUGAAUUGAAUAUUGCUGAAUGUAUGAUCGAUUGUCCUUAUGAAACUUUCAAAUCUCUCAUGGAGCCCAUUACAGUCGAUAUAUCUGAUUGGAUUCUAGAGUGUGCCGAGUCGGAGAGAAGUGACUUCAAAAACAUAAUCGAGAACUCGACCCAGGAGUCAAGUAUUUCAGAUCAGGAGAAUAUUGGAGUGAAUUAGGCGUAUAUAUUAUCAAAAUGAUCAUUGCCUUAUUCGCAGUGAAGCAAUUAUGUUGAUUUUCCCGAAGAUUCAAUAAU